AUGGGUGAUUUCCAUGAAGGCGGCGGAGGCGGGAACAUCCAGGCGGUCCUUCUUGGUUUGCUUGGCGUAGCUCUCUACGCCGGCAGAUGGUGGCUAAACAGUUGGAUUGCAGAAGCGAGGAGGACGAAGGAACGCAUGGAGCCUAUGUGGUUGCAUGACAAAGAACUGAGUGUCCCAGACGUUCAAGAACACUCAGAGGCUCGUGGACGCAGCGAAAUUGUCAGGAGCGUGGACUACUCACUUCUCAUUCAUCUCGUAGGCGGGUCAACGUUUGUGCCCUCUGCCGCGACUACGGCGCCUUCAGCUAGCGGUCUGAACAGUGGCCGAUGUGUCUAUGCUGGCGAAAUCCUUGUGGAAUUUCAUCUGAAACCUUCCGGAGUUUCUCGCGCUCUUGCCAACGGCAUCUCCCUCAACUUCUCGGGAGGAGUCAUUCAAGGUCUCUGGGUCAACGGCAAACACGUCGGCGCGGACGGUGCACCGCUGCAUGCAACUGGCGUUUUCUCCUUCACAAACGCCGAGCGAAUUCAGUGGCUCAGACAUCGACUGCACAUUCCUGGAGCUUGGUUGUUCGCAGAAGACGCAAACAAAGUCUUUGUCUCGUUUGUCAACUGCUUUGACCAGGCAGGUGUGGGCAUGCAAAGGGCAGCAGAUCCUCAUGACAACGAAGAGUACCUUUUCGCAGACUGCAGGCUGUAUGAGGCCCACAGAAUAUUUCCGUGCUUUGACCAACCUAACCUUCAGGGAACUUUCAGCCUCACUGUGACCGCACCUCCGUCGUGCUCUGUUGUCGCAAACAGUGGGUCCUCAACUUCACCUUUCGUGCAUGCAGGAGCUCAAAACAGGUCGCGCCGCUUUGACAAGCCAAUAAAAUAAAAACCAAUGCUAUGUGCAUAUAUCCAGGGCUGACAUGCAUAUGCAUUGUGCGUAUGUACAUAUUUAAAUUUGCAAAUAGUGUUGUCAUGCCUCCGUAACUGCAAGAUCUGAAUGCAGCAAUUCCACAUAUCCCACUUGGCACAUAAAAACAACCUAGUAGCAAAGCUCAUAAAAUAUCAGACA